AUGCCCGCUAGGGAAUCGAAUAAGCUUGUACUGUUGACUGACACUCGUUCUGGACUGCCCUCUCUGGCUGAGGCCAUGGACCCGGCCAACUUUCCCUUUGUUGAGUCGGCUAGGAUGGCAAAGCCCAUGAACUGGGGAAUCAUCAAGCUCAAGAAUAUUCCUUUCGCCACGACUCGCGCCGAGGUUAUUGCCUUUCUUGGUCGCAACUCUAAAAUUUUGAAUGACUCUGACGAAGGCGUGCAUAUCAUUAUGGACAAGGUGACCAGCAAGACCAUGGACGCCUACGUCGAGUUUGUCUCGCUUGAAGACGCCAUGAGAGCUGUGGAGCGACACCGCCUCAAUGUCGCCGCUGGCCGAUAUGCCCGUCUGGGCGAACGCACCAUCGAGGUGGAGGUGACUUCUCAGGGCCACCUCAUGAAGGAUCUCUUCCCCAUUGCACGUGGUGUCUUUUGGUAUGGGGUGGUCCCUGAGAUCUUGCCCUACGAUUAUAACCAGCCGUGGAACAAUUUUAAAGGCUUCAUCUCGGAGGAAGAGAUGGUCAUGCUUGUCAAACACGUCGAGGUACCUCAUCGAUCGCCCUUCUCUCGAGACUGCCCGCAGCGCCCCUACGAGUGCUUGAUCAGCACCAUCAAGAAGUUCCCCUGGUUCCGCACGGAUUGCAUCACCAUCAGAGAAAGAGAGGCCAUCUAUCAGGCCACGCUUUCGCUUAUUCGCCAGCUUACUCGAAGCCUUCUUUUCCAAGAGGACACUAACCACUUGACACCUCUCCUACUCCGCCGCCUUGUUUCGGCGGCCAUGUUCUGUCCUGCCUUUACACCGUGUAUGAAGGAUGGCAUCGCCUGGAUGACCAAUAUGCAGGCGCUGGAUAUGGAGUAUUACCAGCUCCCUCGCUUCUCCAACAGUUGGCGCCAUCAGUAUGCCGUUGGCCCGAAGCCUGGCUUCCCCCUUGAUCUUGUCGAGUGGUACGUGGCCGUCAUUCGCGAACAGUCCAGCCGGGAUAUUCUGUCACUCCCCCUUAGAGAGCGCGCGGAGCUCCAACAUCAGGCCGAACAGACAGACAUGUACUGGGGAUACUUUUGGUCAGAGGUCGGAUAUGUCAUGGGACCCCAGUUUGACGACUUGACCUUGGCCGAAGCGGCCAAGCUGGAAUUCGCGGCCAUUGAGCGCAUUCUCAACCGAGCUUUUACUCGAAACUAA